AAGACCUCGUCGUUGGCAACAUUGCUCUCGACUACGUAAGAUACCCUAAGGGAAAACCAGCUGAUCUUUGCCGUUGUGUUUUCGCAAUUGCAACCUAAAGAAGCCGACGACACUGCCGAGGAUGCUCUCGUCUAUGGCCAGGUGCCUUAGGGCGACUUCGGUAAGGGGUGUCCGCAAUCUACACGGGAGUCCUGCCGUGUGCAGUGACAGCCUUUUUGUGCAUAGAGAUUCACCAGAAAACAAUGUUGACACUCCCUUCGAAUUUACUGCAGAAAAUCUAAAGCGUGCUCAUGCCAUCAUGUCCAUCUACCCAGAUGGCCACAAAAAAGCAGCCGUCAUUCCACUGCUAGAUCUUGCUCAGCGUCAGGUUGGCAACUGGUUGCCCAUCAGUGCCAUGCAUGCUGUUGCAAAGUUACUUAAUAUGCCCAGGAUGAGAGUUUAUGAAGUUGCAACAUUCUAUACAAUGUUUAUGAGGAAUCCUGUUGGGAAAUAUCACGUCCAGGUGUGCACCACAACCCCUUGUUGGCUUCGAGGAUCAGAUGACGUUAUGAAAGCAAUCCAAGAUAAGCUUGGGAUUAAAGUUGGCGAGACAACUGCAGAUGGACUUUUCACCCUUUCAGAAGUCGAGUGUUUGGGAGCAUGUGUCAAUGCUCCUAUGGUACAGAUUAACGAUAACUAUUAUGAGGAUUUGGAAGUUGCAGACACAGUUGGUAUCCUAGAAGCCUUAGCAGCUGGACAGGAACCUAAAGCUGGUCCUUACAAUGGUCGUUAUGCUUCAGAACCAAAGAAUGGACUAACAUCAUUAACCGGUCCACCCCCAGGCCCUGGCUUCAUGGUACGUGAUGAUUUGUAAUUUGGUGUAUAGUAGACAGAGUCGUAGGGGGUGUCUGUGGAGUCGGCAGAAGUAUAUUGUCUUACUGAAACUGUUCUCCUGUAUAUAGAUGAAUAAAUUUUAUUUAAACAUU